AUGGCAACUGCGGACCCAGUUCCCGCUGGCAAGGUCACCCAGUGCGGUGGGCGGUGGUAUAUCGUCCCCUCCGAACAGGGCGAGCGUCCAAGGCCCAAAACCAAGAUGCUCUCAAAAGGCGUGCCAACACUCGGGCCAGACAGCCUGGAGGUGGCAGGUGACACUGCAGACGACCAAGAUUCGGCCGCCUACAGUUAUCCGCCCAACAGUAUCCACCAGUACAACGACGCCGACGACUUUGUCCUGAUCGACGUACCGGACGAUGACUUCGUCCUAGUCCCGCAUCCAGCACCAGAUCCAACACCGCUGUUCAAGAUGGCUAAGGCGACCAAGGCCGGAACUGUCCCAAAGGCCCAUGUCAAGGCGACUCCCAUCUUCCCGAUUGCCAGUGGACCGUGA